AUGGCAGACAAAGAAAGACUUCGCUUGAAAACAUCAAUUGAAUCUACAUCCAGCGAUGUUACUGUCCUAACAGACUAUAGCAGUACUAUUCCAGAAAAUCUUCCGGCGUGGACAAAAAAUACAAAAGCACAGAGUUUCGGAUUGAAAUCUCUUACUGCUCUCUACACUUUAAUUCUAACAAUUGUCGCAUUUAUUAUCGAAAUCUCUCCGACAUGGCAAUCAGAAUCGAUGAACAUUGAAUACACGAUAUUUUGUGUUUUAAUGUAUUCCAUUGCAAUUCUCUAUUUUAUAUAUUUAUACGCUUAUAUUCUAUAUCCAAUCGUUUUCAACACAAUCCUCCUAUACUUGGAAAGGAUGCGGGUGUUGAAUGUUCAUACUGUCAAACGAUGGGUACAACCAGAGCCAGUUUUCACUGGAGAAGGAGCUGGUACAUUAUAUUUGAGACUGGGAACUGUUUUGUUCGGAACACUUGGAAGUGUCCUAUGGGGAUGUGAAAUCUUCUUGUGCUUCUUCACAGAGACCAGACAUAAUAUUUAUGUUGUCAAAUACAUUCUUGCAUUCUUGUUUACAUAUCUACAAAUGCACUUCCUUUGCUGCAACUCUAAAAUUGAUUUGCCAAAGAAUAAUUUCUUAGCAAGUUUUGGAAUGAUGCAUUGUGUAGCUGUAAAUCUUUGGGUCUGGUUCUCACUUUGCCUUGCAAAAGCUGUCUAUAAAAGUGACAAGAAGACGUUAAAAUUGCAAAAAGCGGAGGAAAAAUAUAAAAAGAAGAACAUGACGAUAACUGAAGCUGUUGCUGAAACAAUAACCACUACAAUUGCAUCGAUAGUCUCAUCAGAGAGCUCCUCAGGUUUCAGAGCAGACGAGAAACAGUUGAGAUCUUUGUACAAACUGGGAAGUGCUGCCAACUUCCUGUUAACAACCAUGGUUGAAUUUUCCUUGAUUGCUGCAGCAGUGUACUUUAUAGUCUGGAAGCACGAAGGAGAGCAGACACCACAAGAUGCAAGGAAGAAGCAUGUUAGAUUUGAUUGCAAAUCAACAUCAGUUGGCAUUUUUGCUGCAAUCGUAUUGUUGAUUGGUUCAUUUAUUUCCAUUGCAAUGCACUAUAUCUAUAAUAAUAGUGACAUGCCUAGAACAGCAGAUGAAGUCAUCGGAAUCGCCGAGACUGUGCUAUUUUGUGUCUGUUUGUUAGCUGUUUUUGGCGCUUUCAUAAGAAUGCGAAAACUCCAGUACAGGUUGCACGCGCACGGACAAGUUGUUGACGAGAUCCUUUUGAUUGUGGGGUUAGCAGGGGAGAUUGUUUAUUGCAGUACAGGUUUGGAUUUGUAUCUGAAUGGACGAUUGGAAAACACUCCAGGAACAUCUUGUCUUACUGUAGUGGCAUUUGUCAUGAGAAUUGUUCAAGUUGUUGUGCAAAGUGUUUUUAUUUUAGUUGCUUCUAGGUUGCGCAGCUUGUCAGCCAGUAAUAUAUCCAACCAACCCGGAAAGCAGAUAGUCACAUUUUUAGUUGUCUGUAAUAUAAAUUUAUUUAUUUAUCACACUUUUGAAACGAUCGAAUCAAACUUUGGUUUCCCACACAAAAUGUCAUCCGUCUAUUCUGCCCUCCUAAAUAUCUCAUCGCCAUUAGUGGUAUUCUACAGAUUUCACAGUUCAGCUUGCCUUGCAGAAAUUUGGAAACAUGCCUAUUCGAAGAAAUAUAAUCAUAGUCAUAAUGCACACAAAUCGUUAGAUGAUCUUCAUGUUGUUUAA